CCAGCUGCCCGCGAGGCUCCGCCCGUCCGCUCGGCUCAGCGGCCGCGCCUCCAAAUUGUCCGGUAGGCUCAGGCUCUGACAGCUCCGUUCUCUGUCCCCCAAGCGCCAUGAGGGGGCUUCCAGGCUGGCCCUUGGCCCUGCUGCUCCUCCUUCUCCUGCCCUGGGAAGCCCAGCUCCAGCGCGCGGGUCCCAUAUGCCGCUCUGGGCCCCUGGAUUUGGUGUUUGUGAUCGACAGCUCGCGCAGCGUGCGCCCCUUCGAGUUCGAGACCAUGCGGCAGUUCCUCAUGGGCCUUCUGCGCGGCCUGGACGUGGGGCCCAACGCCACGCGCGUGGGUGUGAUCCAGUAUUCGAGCCAAGUGCAGAGUGUCUUCCCUCUCGGCGCCUUCUCGCGCCGCGAGGACAUGGAGCGCGCCCUCCGCGCUCUCGUGCCUCUGGCGCAGGGCACCAUGACCGGGCUGGCCAUCCAGUACGCCAUGAACGUGGCCUUCAGCGUGGCGGAGGGGGCGCGCCCCCCGGAGGCGCGCGUGCCGCGCAUCGCUGUCAUCGUGACGGACGGGCGACCCCAGGACCGAGUGGCCGAGGUGGCCGCAAAGGCGCGCGCCCGCGGCAUCGAGAUCUACGCGGUGGGGGUGCAGCGCGCCGACGUGGGCUCCCUGCGCGCCAUGGCGUCUCCCCCGCUGGACGAGCACGUCUUCCUUGUCGAGUCCUUCGACCUCAUCCAGCAGUUUGGCCUGCAGUUCCAAAGCCGGCUGUGCGGAAAGGACCUGUGCGCUGAGGGGAGACACGGCUGCCAGCACCAAUGUGUCAACACCCCGGGCAUGUACCGCUGCGCCUGCAACCCUGGCUACCAGCUAGCAGCGGACAACAAGAGCUGUUUGGCCAUUGACCUGUGCGCUGAAGGGCUCCAUGACUGUGAGCACCUCUGCAUCAGCUCCCCAGGGUCCUAUUCCUGUCACUGCCAUGCUGGCUUUGUACUCCAGCAGGACCAGAGGAGCUGCAGAGCCAUCGACCACUGCAGCUUUGGGAACCACAGCUGCCAGCACGAGUGUGUCAGCACAUUUGGUGGCCCUCGGUGCCGCUGCAGAGAGGACCAUGACUUGCUGCCUGAUGGCAAGAGCUGUCAGGCCCGGGACCUCUGCAAUGGUGUAGACCAUGGAUGUGAGUUCCAGUGCGUGAGCGAGGGCCUCUCCUACCGCUGCCUGUGCCCUGAUGGGCGGCAACUCCAGGCAGAUGGCAAGAGCUGCAAUCGGUGCCGGGAAGGCCACGUGGACCUGGUUCUGCUGGUCGAUGGCUCCAAAAGCGUGCGCCCGCAGAACUUCGAGCUGGUGAAGCGCUUCGUGAACCAGAUCGUGGACUUGCUGGACGUGUCCCCCGAAGGCACUCGCGUGGGGCUAGUGCAGUUCUCCAGCCGCGUGCGCACCGAGUUCCCGCUGGGCCGCUACGGCACCGCGGCAGAGGUGAAGCAGGCCGUCCUGGCGGUGGAGUACAUGGAGCGCGGUACCAUGACCGGGCUGGCCCUGCGCCACAUGGUGGAGCACAGCUUCUCUGAGGCGCAGGGCGCGCGGCCUCGCGCCCUCAACGUGCCUCGCGUCGGCCUGGUCUUCACCGACGGCCGCUCCCAGGAUGACAUCUCGGUGUGGGCCGCGCGCGCCAAGGAGGAAGGCAUCGUCAUGUACGCCGUGGGCGUGGGCAAGGCUGUGGAGGAGGAGCUGCGUGAGAUCGCGUCCGAGCCUGCCGAGAUGCACGUGUCCUACUCCCCAGACUUCACCACCAUGACACACCUGCUGGAGAACCUCAGGGGCAGCAUCUGCCCGGAGGAGGGCAUCAGCGCGGGCACAGAGCUGCGCAGCCCCUGCGAAUGCGAAAGCCUCGUGGAAUUCCAGGGCCGAACGCUGGGGGCGCUCGAGAGCCUGACGCAGAACCUGGCCCAGCUGACCGCGCGCCUGGAGGAUCUGGAGAACCAGCUGGCCACCCAGAAGUGAGGGCCGCAGCGGGGCCGCACCCGGGCUGGGGUGCAUUUCUGUGGACUGUGCCCCCUCGGACGCCGUCGGGGCGCCGGGACCUGGCAGAAGCCGGGCCCCUCGGGCUUGGGCUGUCGGGGAGCAGGCGCUGGAGGCCCCCGGCGCUGUGCCGGAGCCGGCCUCGCCGGGACCUGGAGCCGGCCUGCGGGGGCGCGGAGCGGGGGCGCUGCGCCCGCACGCCCUCGCCGCGUGCUGUGCUUAGUUCUUUGUUGAAUUUCGGUUUUGAUUCUU